UCAUUCUUGAAUUUUCAGGAAUAUUUUUUCAUCGUACCCUAAAAUAAAUAAAUAAUUCAACAACGAUGUCUACCAUAUUGCGAAAUUAUUCCCAAGUAUAAUUAAUUCCGGAAGUGCAAACAUGAAUUUUUAUUUAAACUCUUGAAAUCUGAUUUAAAAAAAUGUCUAGUCUAUUCACAUUAGGUAUUAAUCUAGAAUAUUAUUCGAUAUGAACUAUUGGGAUUUAUUUUUCAUUUGUACGACAGGACACUGUAUUUAAGUGUGCAUUAGGUGAAAGUAAUGUAUGAUCUGUAGGAACGCAAUGACUGUAUGUGUACAUAUCCAAUGUAUCUAUGUAAGUAUGGAAACAUACAUGCCUGGGAUGUCUGAAAGGUAGCAUCCGUUCGUUGCACUUGCUGUACAUACAUGCCUUUAUAUAUACAUGCUACAUCAUGGACAGUUGACCUCCACUGUACAUAUAUACAUUAUAUAUCAAUUCCAUAUAUGUACAAUGUGAAAUAAAUGAUUUAUCCCCGAUCUCUUCAGGAUCGAAUGUUUGCAAAAAUUGAUUUCAGACUCAUAAAAUGAGGAAAGGACGUUAAAAUGUCGGAGAAGAUUUUUAAAAUAAUAAAGUGAAAGUUUACAGCGUGAGUUGACAAUCCCAACUCUUCCGUGUGCGAGGUAUCGAGGAAAUAUUAUUCUUCAAGAAAUUGAAAAUAAUAAAUGCUGACAGCACUGACUCAUCGAAUAUUCCAAGCAUUUUUUCGGGUCAAUUGCUGAUGGAAUCGGCGUGAAAAAAUCUAACUCUUUAAAAUAUAAUUAUUUUUUUUUUAUAGUUUUGUGAUUAUUAUUUUUAAAAGUGAAACGCAGGAAAAUGCUCGCAUCUUAAAACAUCAUGAGUUAUGGAAUAAUGACAGAAUUACGAAAAUAUUCAUGAAUAUAAGGAAGAUAGCGAAAUUUCUGUAAUAACAUUUUUUGUAGCCCUGAAUCAGUUCUCGAAAACAGGUGAUAAUAAAAAUUUCACUAUCUCCUCUAGAUUCCGAGAUAUUGAUUAAAAACAUGUUAAUAAUAAAAAUUGACUUGUCUUACCGCUUCGACAUCGUAAUGAUACGAAUAAUAAAAUGCGAGGUGUAAGUGAGAGUGAAAUAAUUUCAAGUUCAGAAUUCAAAAUUGAGAGGGGCUGAAGAAAGGUCGUCAGAUGAAAGUUUACCAACGACUAAGGCAAAGAAAACAGACAUUCCUAUCCUGUGACAGGCCCUGCCAUCAUCUCGACUGGCCCAUGAUAUGUCGGGUGAAGUUAACAUUAGAACCAUUUCAUUCUCUCAGCAAAGCAUGUGGUAACUGUCUGGUGAAUGAGACAUCCUGUUUAUCGAAACAUUGUGUAUCCGUUGAUGGAUAUCAACGUGGAAUACUGACAGCUAAUCGACAAUUACCCGGACCCAGUAUACAGGUCUGUGAAAAUGAUAUUUUAGUAGUCGAUAUAGUUAAUAGAUUACCAGGAAGGGCAUCAGCAAUUCAUUGGCGUGGGCAGAACCAGGUGGAGACUCCCUCGAUGGAUGGUGUACCCCUGGUGACUCAAUGCCCAAUAUCAAGCUACACCACCUUUCAGUACAAAUUCAGAGCAUCUGUACCUGGAACACAUCUCUGGCACUCCCAUUCAGCAUCUGACAUGGCGAAUGGUAUAUUCGGGUCGUUGAUUGUUCGACAAGCAGACGUGAGAGAGCCACAUCGUAAUUUAUACGACAUAGACGAUCCUAGUCAUGUCAUUCUCAUCUCUCAAUGGCAUCAUUCACCUCGAGAUGAUUUCACAGCAGAUGUCAACGGCGUAAUCAAAAAAUCCGAAUUAUUACUUAUUAAUGGAAAGGGUCGUCAGCCGCACGAUUAUAAAAUGCCUCUAUCAAUUUUUCAUGUUACACCUGGCAAAAGACAUCGUUUUAGAGUAGCUCAUUCUGGUGGUGCUGGUACAUGUCCUGUUACCUUCCACAUUCAUCAGCACUCGAUGCUCCUGAUUGCCCUGGAUGGUCAUCCCGUGGAACCUCUGCGAGUCCAGAAACUUGCACUUGCCAAUGGGGAGAGAGCAGAUUUUAUUUUGGAAACUACUAGGAGGAAUGAUCAGUACAAUAUUACUGUUCAAACGAUAAAAUCAUGUGGACCUAGUACUGUCGGUGGUUCGGCGAUACUCAAAUAUCAUGCGCUUGAUCAAUUAGUCAGUCGUAAUGAGCCGAUUAUCACGAAGACAGUUAAUAAAAAAAGUACUAAGAUGACAACAAAUCCUGCUGACGAGUGUCAAACAUCUGGAAAUAUCUGCGUUACUGAUAUCAAAGCUCUUAAAAGUCUGCCGAUUUAUUUGAGAAAACCUAGAGCUCAAUUCACAAUCUACUUGUCCAUCAAUCAGCAAACGGUGGUAUCCAAUAUCGCAGGAGAUGUUAAACGAUUGAGUAUGAAUAACGCAAGUUUCAUAUACCCUUCAUCCCCGUUGCUGACUCAGGGUGCCGAUGUUCCGGAGGAUAUCUUAUGCUCUGGAAGUGAUCCCAAUCUGUCUAAUCACUGCAAUAAACAAAAUAAUGGGGUGUCCGAGUGCGAAUGUGUGCAUCUUAAACGCAUUCCAUUGGGGGCCACUGUGGAGAUUAUUAUUUUGGAUCAAGCUGGACGCAAUGAUCUCGUUUAUCAUCUUCAUGGAUAUCAUUUUUAUAUCGUCGGUGGCAGACAUUUUGGGAAGAGUGAAACUCUUGAGAGUAUUAAAGAGAUGGAUGAACGUGAUACAUUAUUUUCACGGAAUUUAGAAUGUCCACCCCUUAAGGACACUGUGAUAGUUCCAAAGUAUGGAGCAGUAGCUAUUCGAUUUAAAGCUGACAAUCCAGGGUAUUGGAUGCUUCGUGAUGAGCAUGCGUCUGAGUGGACACGCGGGCUAGACAUGAUUCUUCAAGUUGGUGAUACAUCUGAAAUGGUUCCACCACCUCAAGAUUUCCCAAAGUGCGGUUCAUUCAUUGGACCCGAUUACUUUCUCAUCUAAACCCCGCGUAUUCCAUCCAAUCAUUUCAUUUUGUAUCCCUCCUUCAUUAUAAUAAACCUUUCAUAAAAAUAAUUUGUACAUAUUACGAAUAAUAAUUGAAUUUUUGGUAA